GAGGAAUGUUUCGUGACUCACAAUAUUGCACACGAGACGUUUUUGCCUCCAAACUCAGUGUUUUGAAUGUCUGUUCUUUGCUCCAGCUUAUCAUUCUUUCAGACCCCUCCUGCUCCCAUAAGCCGGUGUGGGUAAAUCGCUCAUUCGCUGUGCUGCCUUUCACCCCUAUCACUUUAUUGAUCACCUGUGACCUCCUGAAUCCAGUUGAACUUCUUUUCUUGACUGCGAAAAUUUUCUUGCUAUCUGUUAGUCAGCCUUCCUGGGCUUAUCUACACAAGCCUUUGACAUAAAACCUACAUUCUUGGCAAUCUGCUUGUUUUAUAAUACUUGGCCAUGCAUGGGGGAAGCAGUGCGAGAGAAUGUUAAGUUGGGAGGUUGCCUUCAGCAGUUGAUAAUUAUCCUACGGAUGGAGAAGUGAAUGUGUCCCACGCCAACGCUUAUUCUUCAACACCUUCAGUGUCCUUUGGAGAAGCCCACCUAGUUUGCCAAUCCAGAUCCUCCUCUGAAUCCUGUGGCAGGACGAUGGCAGCUUGAAGACUUCCCGUUGGAGCAUGGAGUGGGGGUGUGUGAAAGGAUGGGCAAGAUUCUGAAAGUACAGGGAAUUCCUACAGUAUCUGGGGCAGCAGAAACUUCAGAAGUGAAGGGAUGUUCCAGCUACCACAAGCUUUCCUGGUAGUGUGAAGCCUCUUGGCUCUGAAACAGAUGCAAAGACCACACCAUAGAGGUGCUCAAACGCUGAGGAAACACUUGACAGAAACGUGGCAGCUCCUGUGCAGUGAAGGUGUUGGUGGAGAGACUGGCGUCGAGACACCAGGAAGGAUGCUAGUUAUCUGGGAGGACUGAGUUCAUACUUACACUCUGUCACUGAGGCACAAAGCAUGAAGACUCCAUUUUCCAGUCUCACCUGACAACUGACUUUCCAGCCUCGAAUAUGUGGAUAUUUUCUUUGCUUUGUGUUCUUUUAAUUACUUUGUCUGCGGAUCAUGUGGACACGAAAGCAAAGACCACACCAUACAGCAAAUUUACGAAGAAAUUUGAAGGAAAAGAGACGCUGAAGGGCUUAAAGCCAUCCAGUGGCCUCUCUCUGGACGAAGAAGAAACCCUCCGUACAGAAAUGGCUGCCAUGGCAGAGCCCACCACUGGAUCCCCCGCCUUGGCAACGGCAGACCCCACCACUGGCCCCUCUGCCUCCGCCACAACCCGUCUCCUUCCCCUUGAGAGCUUCUCUCUGGACACGGCUAAUUUCUUUUUGAAUUGCUGCCAUUGUUGUUCAUUUGUCACUGUGCAGAAAGGAGAACCCGGAAAGACUGGACAACAAGGUCCUAAAGGAGAGACUGGUGACACUGGAAGCCCAGGACCCCCAGGAACCAGUGGACCCCAAGGCCCCAAAGGCCAGAAAGGAGAGAAAGGACUAAAGGGAGACCGCGGGGACCAAGGAGCAGGUGGCAUUCCAGGAUACCCAGGAAAGCCAGGAGAGCAAGGUGCACUUGGUCUCAAGGGAGAUAAAGGAAACAUCGGCCCAGCAGGAACGAAAGGACAAAAAGGCUCCAAGGGGGACCUGUGUGGGAAUGGCACCAAGGGAGAGAAAGGAGACCCUGGGGCCUCUGGGGCCCAUGGAUUCAUUGGACAGCCUGGGGCCAAGGGCGAGAAGGGUGGUGUCGGGGAGAAAGGCUACCGUGGGGAUUCAGGGCAGAGGGGGGAAAAGGGGCAGAAAGGGGAGAAAGGGAUGGAGGGAGAGAAAGGUAGCAAAGGUGAUGUUGGUGCAGAAGGCAAAAGGGGUUCAGAUGGUCUACCAGGGCUCAGAGGCGAUCCCGGCCCUAAAGGAGAAAAAGGAGAGACAGGUUCUCCGGGUUUCACCGGACCUGCUGGGCCAAAGGGUGAGCUUGGAAACAAAGGAGUUCGAGGGCCAACAGGGAAGAAGGGCUCCCGGGGUAUGAAGGGUUCCAAAGGCGAGGCCACUCAAGUCCCACAGUCAGCUUUCAGUGCCCUUUUAUCUAAGCCUUUCCCUCCCCCCAAUAUCCCCAUCAAAUUUGACAAGAUUCUUUCCAAUGACCAAGGGGAUUAUAGCCCUGUCACUGGGAAAUUUAACUGUAGUGUUCCUGGGACAUAUAUUUUUUCCUAUCAUGUUACUGUCAGGGGUCGACCUGCUCGAAUAAGCCUCAUGGCCCGCAACAGGAAGCAGUUCAAGUCCAGAGAGACGCUCUAUGGUCAGCAAGUAGAUCAGGCCUCUCUCCUCCUCGUUCUGAAAUUGAGUGCAGGAGAUCAAGUGUGGCUGGAGGUAUCAAAGGACUGGAAUGGACUGUAUGUCGGCCCGGAGGAUGACAGCAUCUUUAGUGGGUUCCUUCUGUACCCAGAGGAAACUCUUAGAAAGUCACCAUAAAUUUAGUUUUUUGAUACUGCACUUUUGAUUUAUUCUAUUAACCUUGAGUAAGGCUCUUAAAAACUUUGAUUUUUUCAUUAUUAUAAAUUCAAUACUGAAACAUUUAAGAGAUGCACAAUAUGGUGCCAACGAUUCCUAUUUCAAAGCAUAUCCAUUGAAAUAUUUAUGUAUAUUUGAGAGUAUGUAAAUUAAGUUUGUAGCAAACAUUUUUCAUUUAGCAUUUGAUGACAUUACUGAUGCCAUUUAAGGAAUUAAUAAUGGCAACAUUCAAAGCUAUGAAUGAGUCUUAUGAUUAACAACUUGGUGGUUUGAAUAAGAAUGACACCCAUAGGUUCAUAUAUAUUUGAAUGUUUGGUAACAGGGAGUGGAACUGUUUGAAAGGAUUAGGGGGUGUGGCCUUGUUGGAGUAGGAGUGGCUUGUUGGAGGAAGUGUGUCACUAGGGGUGGGCUUUGAGAUUUCAAAGCUCUUUUUUUUUUAUUUUUAUUAACUUGAGUAUUUCUUAUAUACAUUUCGAGUGUUAUUCCCUUUCCCGGUUUCCGGGCAAACAUCCCCCUCCCCCCUCCCCUUCCUUAUGGGUGUUCCCCUCCCAACCCUCCUCCCAUUGCCCCCCUCCCCCCAUAGACUAGUUCACUGGGGGUUCAGUCUUAGCAGGACCCAGGGCUUCCCCUUCCACUGGUGCUCUUACUAGGAUAUUCAUUGCUACCUAUGGGGUCAGAGUCCAGGGUCAGUCCAUGUAUAGUCUUUAGGUAGUGGCUUAGUCCCUGGAAGCUCUGGUUGCUUGGCAUUGUUGUACUUUUGGGGUCUCGAGCCCCUUCAAGCUCUUUCAGUUCUUUCUCUGAUUCCUUCAAUAGGGGACCUAUUCUCAGUUCAGUGGUUUGCUGCUGGCAUUCGCCUCUGUAUUUGCUGUAUUCUGGCUGUGUCUCUCAGGAGCGAUCUACAUCCGGCUCCUGUCGGUCUGCACUUCUUUGCUUCAUCCAUCUUGUCUAAUUGGGUGGCUGUAUAUGUAUGGGCCACAUGUGGGGCAGGCUCUGAAUGGCUGUUCCUUCAGUCUCUGUUUUAAUCUUUGCCUCUCCCUUCCCUGCCAAGGGUGUGGCCUUGUUGGAGUAGGAGUGGCUUGUUGGAGGAAGUGUGUCACUAGGGGUGGGCUUUGAGAUUUCAAAGCUCAUACCAGCCCCGCCCCUCUCUCUCUUUCUCCCCUCCCUCCCUCCCUUCCUCCCUCCCUCCCUCCCUCCCUCCCUCCCUCUCUUUUUGCUACUUGCGGAUUAGGAUAUAGAGCUCUCAGCUAUUACUCCAGCGCCAUGCCUGUCUGCUUUCACUGUGAUGGUCAUGUACUCUACUACUCUCUGGAACCAUGAGCCUCGAAUUAAAUAUUUGCUAAGAGUUAUAUUGGUCAUGGUGUCUUUCCACAGUAACAGGGCAGCAAUGAAGACAAUAUCCUUCUAAAUACUUUGUCUCAUGUAAUGACACGUCACUCUAUUCUGUGUGACUAUGAGGCCAACAGCUGACAGAGCAUGAUGAUAGCUUUUUCUAGAAGUCCCUGAUUCUCUUGGAAGGGUUGCUUUUCAAUAUCACACAGGCAUUCUCCUUCCACUUUAAUUCUGAAGAAUAUACAGGCAGUGUGGCAAAGAGUUGGCAAAAUACUUUCAAAAUUUAUCCAUAUGUAAGGAUUUUCACAUAAACUUAUAUUAUGUAGACUAAGAUUAAAUGUAAAAAGGAAAGUUGAUGAAGAUGUCACUCGAUUAAUAGUUCAUCCAAUUACUGUGCAUAGAACUGAACAUCCCCAAGAGACUCAAGAGCAAGAUUAAAUUAGAACUGAUCAAAAUUUCUGCCCUUUCUUCAUGAUAGAACAUUUAAUUCUGAUACGUUCUUUGGCACCAUUAUCAUCAUCUCUAUAAUAUUAAUUCCAGUUAUUCAGUUAAUGUUUUGGGAGCAGGUGGGGGUAAAAUUCAUUUGCACAGUGAAUGUUUAAUAACUGUGAAUAUUGGAUAGUUCAGCAGUUUCGCUCUUUUUAAAAAGUGAAAUUUAUUGAAUCCAAAUGGAAUCUGGUUUUACAGAGGUAUAGUUAUACAGAUUUGCACAUCUUUGAGUGCCAAGUCAGGAAAUGGGUGCUGGGGAAUUUUUCUGGUCAUGUUCUGCCAACUUGGGCAGGCAUUAGCUUUUGAGAGUCUCAUCCAUAUGUAUGUUAACAGAGCAUUUCCCAAACAGUUCUAAGGAGUGCCAUUUCUAGAUGUUGUUGUGAAUCAUUAGAGAAAAAGUAGCUUCCAUGUUAAACAAAUGUUGGAAGUGGCAUGAUAUACCUCUAUAUAGUAAAGGUUCAUAAAGCCUAUUGAUGCAGUCUCUGACAUUUGUAUAGAAAAUAAAUAGGCUUAAUUUUGUUUUACUCAAUGAUCCUGAGUUUAUUGUUGGUUUUGAAUUCACUCCAUGAGCAAUACUCUUUAGGAUGUGUACUAGCUGGUUUUGUGUGUCAAGUUGACAUGAGCUGGAGUUAUCCCAGGGAAAGGGGCCUCAGUUGAGGGAAUGACUCCAUGAGAUCCAUCUGUAAGGCAUUUUCCCAAUUAGUGAUCAAGAAUGAAGGGCCUAUUAUGGGUAGUACCAUCUCUGGGCUGCUGUUCCUGUGCUGAACAAACCAGGGGAAGCAAUCUAGUAAGCAGCACCCCUUCAUGGCCUCUGCAUCAGCUCCCCCCUUCCAGGAUCCUACCCUGUCUGAGUUCCUGUCCUGACUUCCUUUGGUGAUGAGCAGUAAUGUGAAAGUGUAAGCUGAAUAAACCUUUCCUCCCCAACUUGCUUCCAACUUGCUUCUCAGGCUUGGUGUUUCAUUGCAGCAAUAGAAACCCUGACUAAGGAUGUUAAUUUUGGAAAUGUUGCAUUGGUUUCUUAUCCAAUGAUUUUUCUUCUGUGUAGACCAGAAUGUGACUUUAGUUAUGGCUGUGCCUGCAAUUUUUAGAGGAAGAAUGAGAUAGCUGGCAAGUGUUUUAAAUAAGCUACACCUCAUUUGAAAUCUUUCUUUCCUAAUUUGGAUAUUAGAUGGUGUCAUGAUUCAGGAACUUUUAUCUUUUGUAUUUUGACUCCCAUGUUCUUUUCUUUCUUUUCUUAAAUUUAUAUUAUUUUUAUUUUGUGUAUAUGAGUGAUUUAUUUGCGUUUAUAUUUAGGCAGCAUGUAUGUGUCUGAUACCUGAGGAAGACAGAAUAAUCUGUUAGAUCCACUGGAACAGGAGUUACAUGUUCACUGUGGGAAUCGAACGUGGGUCCUCUGGAAGAGCACUGAGUACUAUUAACCACUGAGCCAUCUCUCUAGCCUAUUUUCCUUCUCUUUAUAUCAUGUCUAACACUGAGUUUGAGGAAGCCAUGAAUCAGGUAGCACAGGAAGAUAGAAUAAUAGUCACACACACACACACACACACACACACACACACACACACACACACACCAAGGUAUUAGAUAUGAAGACAACCAGGCAGAAGGCCAGCAAGGAAGCAAUUCACAUGUCACCUGACAGUGCCUUUCAACUGUUUGUGAUGGACAUUUUAUUGGAAGUCUAAAUAUUCAGGGUUACUUUUUAGGAUUGAUGGCAACUAUGAACAUUUUCUAAAAUAUCAAAACCAAAGCAGUUUCUGGCUAAUAGAGAUGGCUUUGGAAGUAUCUUUGUGACACUUCACACUAUGAGGGUAGAAAAAUGAUCAGAUAUUCCCUUCUUUGAGUGCAUCAUGUGUGUUAUCUUAUUAAACAGAUUCAAGCAUGGAUUGCCUUCUAUCCUAAGGAUUUAGGUUCAACAUCUGUCCUACUCCUACCUUGAUGAAUACUAAUAACUGUACCUGGAUGCCAUUCCUGAACACCAAACUACUUAGAUUGCCAUGAAUGAAACUUAAACUUAGCAUAUGCAGGUCAAGUUUCUGCAAGUCUCAUAUCCUCCAGCUCAAAUAACUACAACUGCUACCAUUUGUCCAAAAGCAAAACCUUGUAUCACUUGAAGUUUUUAUUUUUACCUAAGUACACUUAAUGCUUCGGGGUCUAUUCAGAGUUGGAUGACUUUCUCACAUCUUCACUGCCACAACUCCUGUCGAGUUAUCAUAAUUUAUAGCCUAGUGCCUUCUAACUAGAUUCCCCUACCAUCUAAAGAAAAUGGGCCUGACAGAGUAUACACUAUUAAAACAUAAAUGAAGGUAACAAAUGGUUAAAGUAUAGCCUACUUCUCUACUUUGGUGUAUGUGCCGUUUUAUUGAAAAAUCUAUUGAAAGCUAUGGUUUUGUUAACAUGAUUUAACAUAAACAAGAUAGAUAAAGUGAGUGAAGUAAUACUUACAAGGGCAGGCUAGGAUUGGAUGGAAAAUAGGAUAAAGGUAUUAAUUCCAGAAUUAUGUUUUUCCCCAUAGAUGGCAUUUUUCAAAGUUUAAUUUCUAUUGAUAAUUUUGUCAAGUUAAUCAUUUUUCUUGCAUCAUUGUAUUUCCUAAAAGUUAAAAAAUUGUAUCAACUUGGGUUCCAUGGAGUCAAGCAUUUCCAACUGUUCUUCUUUUUUCCUGAAAAUAUUUUUCCCAUACAAUAUAUUCUGAUCAC